CGCAGCCCCGCGCAGAGGCAGCCCGCUCCCGCCCGGCGCGCCCCCCAUGGCCCUAGGGCCGCCGGCUCCGCGCCCAGCCCCGCGCAGCGCCCGCGGGGGGCGCGAUGCCCAACGGCCCAGGCCGCUCCCAGGCUCUUAGGAUGUCCCUGCCCGGGAGGCCACGGAUCCGCGCGUCCGUGGGACCUGUCCGUCCUCCUCCGGGCUACAAGAAGGCAGACGAUGAGAUGUCCCGGGCCACGUCUGUUGGAGACCAGCUGGACGCACCAGCCCGCACCAUUUACCUCAACCAGCCGCAUCUCAACAAAUUCUGUGACAACCAGAUCAGUACGGCCAAGUACAGCGUGGUGACGUUUCUACCUCGAUUCUUGUACGAGCAGAUCAGGAGAGCUGCCAAUGCCUUCUUCCUCUUCAUUGCCUUAUUACAGCAAAUUCCAGAUGUAUCUCCAACAGGAAGAUACACCACCCUGGUGCCAUUGAUCAUUAUUUUAACAAUCGCAGGCAUCAAAGAGAUUGUAGAAGAUUUUAAGCGACAUAAGGCAGACAAUGCAGUUAACAAAAAGAAAACCAUAGUGUUAAGGAAUGGUAUGUGGCAAACCAUUGUGUGGAAAGAGGUGGCCGUGGGAGACAUCGUCAAAGUCGUCAACGGGCAGUACCUUCCAGCAGACGUGGUCCUGCUCUCCUCCAGUGAACCUCAGGCAAUGUGUUACGUUGAAACAGCCAAUCUGGACGGGGAGACGAACCUUAAAAUACGUCAGGGUUUGAGUCACACUGCGGACAUGCAGACGAGGGAGGUGCUGAUGAAGUUGUCUGGGACCAUAGAGUGCGAAGGGCCCAAUCGCCACCUCUACGACUUCACCGGGAACUUGAACUUGGAUGGGAAAAGCCCCGUUGCCCUUGGGCCGGACCAGAUCUUAUUGAGAGGCACACAGCUUAGAAACACUCAAUGGGGCUUUGGCAUAGUUGUCUACACUGGACAUGACACCAAGCUCAUGCAGAAUUCCACCAAAGCCCCUCUCAAGAGGUCGAACGUGGAGAAGGUAACCAACGUGCAGAUCCUGGUGCUGUUCGGCAUCCUCCUGGUCAUGGCCCUGGUGAGCUCGGUGGGGGCCCUGUACUGGAACGGCUCUCAAGGAGGGAAGAACUGGUACAUCAAGAAGAUGGACGCGACCUCAGACAAUUUCGGAUACAACCUGCUGACUUUCAUCAUCCUCUACAACAAUCUGAUUCCCAUCAGUCUGCUGGUGACUCUCGAGGUUGUGAAGUACACACAAGCCCUCUUCAUAAACUGGGACACAGAUAUGUAUUAUCUGGGAAAUGACACUCCUGCCAUGGCCAGGACGUCAAACCUUAAUGAAGAGCUUGGCCAGGUAAAAUAUCUAUUUUCUGACAAAACAGGAACUCUUACAUGCAAUAUCAUGAACUUCAAAAAGUGUAGCAUUGCUGGGGUAACCUAUGGUCAUUUUCCAGAACUGACAAGGGAACCAUCCUCAGAUGAUUUCUCCCGGAUUCCUCCUCCACCUAGUGAUUCCUGCGACUUUGAUGACCCCAGGCUCUUGAAGAAUAUCGAGGAUCAUCAUCCCACCGCACCCUGCAUCCAGGAGUUCCUGACCCUGCUGGCCGUGUGCCACACCGUGGUCCCUGAGAGGGAUGGGGACAGCAUCAUGUACCAGGCCUCCUCCCCAGAUGAAGCCGCUUUGGUCAAAGGGGCCCGGAAGCUGGGCUUUGUCUUCACAGCCAGAACGCCCUACUCUGUCAUCAUCGAGGCCAUGGGACAGGAACAGACAUUUGGAAUCCUGAAUGUCCUGGAAUUCUCCAGCGACAGAAAGAGAAUGUCUGUGAUAGUGCGAACUCCUUCAGGACAGCUUCGACUCUACUGUAAAGGGGCUGAUAACGUGAUUUUUGAGAGACUUUCAAAAGAUUCAAAAUACAUGGAAGAGACUCUCUGCCACCUGGAGUACUUUGCCACGGAAGGCUUGCGGACUCUGUGUGUGGCUUACGCCGACCUCACUGAGCGGGAUUACGAGGAGUGGCUCAGAGUCUACCAGGAAGCCAGCACCAUCCUGAAGGACCGCACUCAGCGGCUGGAGGAGUGCUAUGAGAUCAUCGAGAAGAAUCUACUGCUACUUGGAGCCACCGCCAUAGAAGAUCGACUUCAGGCAGGUGUGCCGGAAACCAUAGCAACUCUGCUGAAGGCUGAGAUUAAAAUAUGGGUGUUGACAGGCGACAAACAAGAAACUGCUAUUAAUAUAGGUUAUUCUUGCCGGUUGGUGUCACAGAACAUGGCCCUUAUCCUACUGAAGGAGGAUUCGUUGGACGCCACCCGGGCAGCCAUCACCCAGCACUGCGCGGACCUCGGGAGCCUGCUGGGCAAGGAGAACGACGCGGCCCUCAUCAUCGACGGCCACACCCUCAAGUACGCGCUGUCCUUCGAGGUCCGGAGGAGCUUCCUGGACCUGGCCCUCUCGUGCAAAGCGGUCAUCUGUUGCAGGGUGUCUCCUCUGCAGAAGUCGGAGAUAGUGGAUGUGGUGAAGAAGCGGGUGAAAGCCAUCACCCUGGCCAUCGGGGAUGGUGCCAAUGAUGUAGGCAUGAUCCAGACGGCCCACGUGGGUGUAGGCAUCAGUGGGAACGAGGGCAUGCAGGCCACCAACAACUCGGAUUACGCCAUCGCUCAGUUUUCCUACUUGGAGAAGCUCCUGCUGGUUCACGGUGCCUGGAGCUACAACCGGGUGACCAAGUGCAUCUUGUACUGUUUCUACAAGAACGUGGUGCUCUACAUCAUUGAGCUUUGGUUUGCCUUCGUUAAUGGAUUUUCUGGGCAGAUUUUAUUUGAACGUUGGUGCAUCGGCUUGUACAACGUGAUUUUCACGGCACUGCCCCCCUUCACACUGGGCAUCUUCGAGAGGUCUUGCAGCCAGGAGAGCAUGCUGAGGUUCCCGCAGCUCUACAAGAUCACCCAGAACGCCGAGGGCUUCAACACCAAGGUUUUCUGGGGUCACUGCAUCAAUGCCUUGGUCCAUUCGCUCAUCCUCUUCUGGUUUCCCAUGAAAGCGCUGGAGCAUGAUACUGUGUUGGCCAAUGGUCAUGCCACAGACUAUUUAUUUGUUGGAAAUAUCGUUUAUACUUAUGUUGUUGUUACUGUUUGUCUGAAAGCUGGUUUGGAGACGACAGCUUGGACCAAAUUCAGUCACCUGGCCGUCUGGGGAAGCAUGCUCAUCUGGCUGGUGUUUUUUGGCAUCUACUCGACCAUCUGGCCCACCAUUCCCAUCGCUCCAGACAUGAAAGGACAGGCAACCAUGGUUCUGAGCUCUGCGCACUUCUGGCUGGGAUUAUUUCUGGUUCCCACCGCGUGUCUGAUCGAAGACGUGGCGUGGAGAGCGGCCAAGCACACCUGCAAGAAAACGCUGCUGGAGGAAGUGCAGGAGCUGGAGACGAAGUCCAGAGUGAUGGGCAGAGCAAUGCUCCGGGACAGUAAUGGAAAGAGGAUGAACGAGCGAGACCGGCUGCUAAAGAGGCUGAGCAGGAAGACGCCGCCCACCCUCUUCCGGGGCAGCUCCCUCCAGCAGUCCAUGCCACAUGGGUACGCCUUCUCCCAGGAGGAACACGGAGCCGUGACUCAGGAGGAAAUCGUGCGCGCCUACGACACCACGAAGCAGAAAUCCAGGAAGAAGUAGGACGCUGCCUCCCGCCGGAGCGCGAGAAGAGACUCAUGGCAGCAGCCAAAACACCGCAACACGUCCUGUGGCCUUAGCCCGUUCCUUCGCUCUGUGCCCUGGCGACCCUGGAGCCGGACCGCCGGGGUGCCCCGCGCCCUCCCUGCUCGUCCGCCAUGCUCGGCCCGACUCUUGUUUAAGCGUUCAGCUGUGCGCUGUGAGGUGUGAAAUUAAAACCAUUAUGUUUCCCCAGUAUUUACACAUCCGUCCGGGUGGCUCUGAGAGAACAGGGACGGGCUUUCGUGCUGCGUGAGGAGCCCAGCUGAGGGGUCGGAUACCCGCAGGUUUGUUCCACAGGCUGCACGGAACCUUCCCUCGAGGUGGACAGCCCACUGGCUUUGAUGUCCCAUGUGUUGGUUUGAAGUUGGCAUCAUCAUCGUGAUUGCAAUGAAGUCAUAAACAUAGGUAUCUGGGUGGUAAACCUGAGAAGAACUUUUGGAACCUCAGUCAUGGUCUCGGCAGGGCGGACCCGCCGGGGUCCGCACAGUCUCCUGCCCCUCCUGCCCGGUGCCUCCCGGCCGGGCGCCCCAACGACAGUCCCGCUGCAUGGCUGGCCCUGCGCUUGGUGCAUGGCAGCUGCAGGCACCGGCUCCGAUCCUCACCCUCCCUCUUUCUCCCCCAGAUUCAGAAACGGAUGCAAGAAAGCCCCCUUCUUCUCUAUCUAAAGAAACAGCAAUUUGCAUAUAUUCCAAGUGUUUAUCUUCCUCUUUGGUGGCAAGGAGGCCUGCGGGUCAGGGUGAUGUCGACUUGCUGGAGCCCUGCCUGCCCUGCUCAGGCUUACAAACCUCAUUUUCUGGCCUCCAGACCCCUGGACCUUGACACCUGCUUAAAUUAGAACCCACACUUGUUCUCUUGGGAGUUCAGAGCACAUUUUGGAUUUCAAGUCAAUUUACAGCAUGUCUCCGCAGCAAAGGAACACACCGGUCGCUUCAGACUCUGGGAGGAUAAAUAGCCCAGUGAGGGUCCCUGAGGGUGCUGAGGACUCUGGGAGGAUAAAUAGCCCAGUGAGGGUCCCUGAGGGUGCUGAGGACUCUGGGAGGAUAAAUAGCCCAGUGAGGGUCCCUGAGGGUGCUGAGGACUCUGGGAGGAUAAAUAGCCCAGUGAGGGUCCCUGAGGAUGCCGAGGAAGACAGCCACUGCAGGGGAGCGGCGGCAGAGACACCAAAGGAGGAUGCUUUCCCUGCAAAUCUCAGUAGAAUUCUGAAAUCAAGCCCGAAGCCCAGACAGUGGUCAUGAUCAGCCUGCAGUGUCCACAGGCCUGCAGUUUUAAUUGAACAGAGCUCCAGACGUUUCAAGCAAGCAGCUUUUCUUACCUGGACAGAUUUUCCUUCCUAUCCAGCCCAUGUCAGAUGCAAGCAGCUGUCUGAACAGGAGGGUCCCUGAUUCCAACAUGGGGGGGUGGGGGGUGGGUGGCCAUGUGUUUGUCCACGUUCUAAACAGGACAAAACCCAGGUGCCUUCGGGAGGGAAGGCACCACCUGGAACCAGCCUGGAGGCAUGUCCCCUGCUUGCAGCUUUGUUGCCAAACCAGCUAUUUGGAUGGUGUAACAUCAAUACUUCUGGGCAGCUGUUGCUGGUUAAAACGACACAGUUCCCCUGGGGAGGGCCAUGCUAAAUUACGAAAUAAAACAAUGGGGCAUUUU